CAGCUCCGCGUCAGGGCUGCACUCGGACGGGCUCCAGCGCUCGGGAGGGGACAGAACAGGAUAGGACAGCUCCGUGCAGCACCUCGACUCCCUACUGCUCCCUUCUCGGCAAGUUUUUGGGGUCUUUUUCUUCCUUCCUGCCGCGAGAGGCAGCUGAGCUCCAGCCGCGCCGGAGAGCCGCGGGACCGCGCUCCGGGCUCGGUCGGCGGAUGGACCCGCAGCCCGGCGCCAGGAGCUGCAGCCGCGGGGCUCCCGCCUGCGAGGUGGUCCCGAACGAGCCCCCCAUGAACCUCUACAUCAACACCACCACCGGGACCCGCUAUGAGCUCUCCGUGCCCCCCGAGGAGACGGUGGAGGGGCUGAAGCGGCGGCUGUCCCAGCGGCUCAAGGUGCCCAAGGAACGGCUGGCUCUGCUGCACAAAGAGAGCCGACUCAGCUCUGGGAAACUGCAGGACCUGGGGGUCGUGGAAGGCAGCAAGCUGACGCUGGUGCCCACUGUGGAGGCCGGUUUGAUGUCCCAGGCGUCCAGGCCAGAACAGUCGGUGAUGCAAGCUCUGGAAAGCUUAACUGAAACUCAGGUCAAUGACUUCUUGUCGGGACGGUCCCCCCUGACCCUGGCCCUGCGUGUGGGUGACCAUAUGAUGUUCGUGCAGCUCCAGCUGGCAGCUCAGCAGAGCAGUGGGCAGCUCCAGCACCGACACGUCAUCGCCAGCCGAGGCGAGGCGGGGGCCACCGCCAGCCCCCACUGCCGGACACUGCACGGCGGCACCGGCUCCGGCUUCACCCGCAUCCCCGUGGUGCCAACGUGCCAGCAGAGCCCGGCCCCCAGCCCCACGCCCUCCGCACCGGCCCCCCCCAUGUACUGUAACGCCCCCCACUCUGCUCCCGUCACCACCGGGAUGUUCCGCUCGCACGGGGCCGGGACGCCGACGGUGAACAGCAGCGUCGUCUCCUCCUGCUCAGAGGUGGACUGUGGCACCCGCAGCGGCAGCGCCCCGGGCAGCGGCUCUGCCCCCACCGCCCGGUCCCGCAAACCCGGGGCCGUCAUCGAGAGCUUCGUCAACCACGCGCCUGGGGUCUUCUCAGGGACCUUCUCCGGCACUUUGCACCCCAACUGCCAGGACAGCAGCGGGCGGCCGCGGCGGGACAUCGGCACCAUCCUGCAGAUCCUGAACGACCUCCUCAGCGCCACGCGACACUACCAGGGCAUGCCCCAGUCCCUGACACAGCUCCGCUGCCAGACGCAGUUCUCUUCCUCCUCCUCCUCUUCCUCCUCCUCGCCACCCGCCUCCCCGGACCUCGCCACCAAAACUACCUCAGAGCCACUGCCGGCGGCUGCGGCCUCCCCGCCCCUGCACCCCGUUGUCCAGUGCCAAAGCCAGAUCCGGAUGUGCAAGCCCAGUGGGGAUCGCUUGCGGCAGACGGAGAACCGGGCAACGCGCUGCAAGGUGGAGCGGCUGCAGCUGCUGAUGCAGCAGAAGCGGCUGCGGAGGAAGGCUCGGAGGGACGCCCGGGCCCCCUACCCCUGGCUGCCCGGCCGCAAGCCCGGCCGCACCAACAGCAACAGCAGCGUCUCCUCCAGCGAGGGCAGCCUGGACCUGGACUUCGAGGACUCGGUCUGGAAGCCGGAGGUCAAGGCGGACAUGAAAUCCGAGUUUGUUGUAGCAUAGAAGACGGUGCCCUGGGGGGAGGGCCCCGGGGCCGUGGACUCUGCCGGGGUUUUGUUUUGUUUUUAAUUUUUGUUUUUUGGUUUCGUUUCUUUUUUUGUUUGUUUUUUUUCGGGGGGGGUCCCCGCUCCCACCACCCCGGCUGCCGGUGAUGUCAUUUCUGUUGUCAUGGGCCAGAUCUCCUCUAGAUUUGCCAUCUCCUGUGACCUGACGCCUCGGAGCUGCCCCUGCCCGUGCUAGGGGAAGCGUUUCAUGGGGGGGGGGGAGGGGGGAGGGAUUG